GGAGAGGGGGCGGUCGUGGGCUUGAUCCUCUCGCCGCUGCUGCCGCCUCCUCUGCCGCCGCCCUCGGUGGAUCUUGGCGGGGCACGAUGAGCGACGCAGGGGACAGGGCUCCUGGAGUAGAUGCUGCCUCUCAGGCCGCGGGAGAACCCGGCCCCACGGCCGCCAAGGGUCCCGGCGGGGAAUCCCCGCCCGCGAUGCUGAGCGUGGACGUGCCGGGGCUGUGCGCGCAGUUCGCCCGCAGCUUCGUGUUGCUGUUCCCGGUAUACGUGCUGGGCUACCUGGGGCUGAGCUUCCUGUGGAUCCUGCUGGGGCUGCUGCUGCUCUUCUGGUGCCGGAGGAACAAGGGCCAUAAGACCUCCCGCUUCUACCGGGCGCUGGCCUUCCUGGAGAACGAGGAGCAGGCGGUGCGGCUCAGCAUCUGCACCUCUGACCUGCCCGCUUGGGUCCAUUUUCCUGACACUGAAAGAGCAGAAUGGCUAAAUAAGACUGUAAAGCACAUGUGGCCUUUUAUUUGCCAGUUUAUAGAGAAAUUGUUUCGAGAAACAAUAGAACCAGCUGUGCGGGGAGCAAAUGCUCACCUUAGUACCUUCAGUUUCACAAAGAUUGAUAUGGGUCAUCAGCCCCUGAGGAUUAAUGGUGUUAAAGUGUACACUGAAAAUGUGGACAAACGACAGAUUAUUUUGGACCUUCAGAUCAGUUUUGUGGGAAAUUGUGAGAUUGAUUUGGAGAUCAAGAGAUACUUCUGUAGAGCUGGAGUAAAAAGUAUACAGAUUCAUGGUACAAUGAGAGUCAUCUUAGAACCAUUGAUUGGGGACAUGCCAUUAGUUGGAGCUCUGUCCAUUUUCUUCCUCAGAAAACCUCUUUUGGAAAUUAAUUGGACAGGACUAACUAAUCUUCUGGAUAUUCCUGGACUAAAUGGCUUAUCAGAUACUAUCAUUCUGGAUAUAAUAUCCAAUUACUUGGUGCUUCCUAAUCGAAUCACAGUUCCUCUUGUCAGUGAAGUUCAGAUUGCUCAGUUGCGAUUCCCUAUACCAAAGGGUGUCUUAAGAAUACAUUUCAUCGAAGCUCAGGAUCUGCAGGGUAAAGAUACUUAUCUUAAGGGCCUUGUCAAGGGAAAAUCAGACCCCUAUGGAGUUAUUCGGGUCGGCAACCAAAUCUUUCAAAGCAAGGUCAUCAAAGAAAAUCUCAGCCCAAAGUGGAAUGAAGUUUAUGAGGCUUUAGUUUAUGAACAUCCUGGACAGGAGUUAGAAAUUGAGCUCUUUGAUGAAGACCCAGACAAGGAUGAUUUCCUUGGAAGUCUUAUGAUUGAUCUGAUCGAAGUUGAGAAGGAACGCCUCUUAGAUGAAUGGUUCACUCUGGAUGAGGUCCCUAAAGGAAAAUUGCAUUUGAAACUGGAGUGGCUCACGUUGAUGCCAAAUGUUUUGAAUCUUGAUAAGGUGCUAACAGGCAUUAAAGCUGACAAAAACCAAGCUAAUGAUGGCCUUUCUUCUGCAUUGCUUAUCUUAUAUUUGGAUUCAGCAAGAAAUCUUCCAUCCGGGAAGAAAAUAAACAGCAACCCUAACCCACUGGUCCAAAUAUCAGUUGGACACAAGGCCCAGGAGAGCAAGAUUCGAUAUAAGACCAACGAACCUGUCUGGGAAGAAAAUUUCACCUUUUUCAUUCACAAUCCCAAGCGUCAGGACCUUGAAGUUGAGGUCAAGGAUGAACAGCAUCAGUGUUCCUUGGGGAACCUGAAGAUUCCUCUUAGCCAGCUGCUGGCAAGUGAUGACUUGACUAUGAAUCAACGGUUCCAGCUCAGUAAUUCUGGUCCAAACAGCACUAUAAAAAUGAAGAUUGCCCUCAGGGUCCUAUAUCUUGAAAAACAAGAAAGGUCUCCAGAUCACCAACAUUCGGCCCAAGUAAAGAGACCUUCUGUUUCCAAGGAAGGGAGGAAAACAUCUGUCAAAUCUCACAUCACUGCACCUGUAGUUUCUGAUUCCAGCAAAAUGGUCUCAAUCCCAUCAAUACCUGACAGUAUAAGAAAGACUGAUAUGGAUGAAAAAGGUCAACCUCUUAACGCUAGUCCUCAGUGGCCAUCCGAUCUCAGCCAAAGUUCCUCCAGCCUCCACACCUCCAAUGUUACCUCUUCCCCAAGCCACCUUUCCAUCAAGGAGCCCACCCCCAGCAUAGCAUCAGACAUCUCACUGCCCAUUGCCACACAGGAACUUCGGCAAAGACUUCGACAGCUUGAAAAUGGAACAACAUUGGGGCAGUCUCCCUUGGGGCAGAUUCAGUUGACAAUACGUCACAGUUCACAAAGAAAUAAACUUAUUGUGGUUGUGCAUUCCUGUAGAAAUCUUAUUGCCUUUUCUGAGGAUGGCUCUGAUCCGUAUGUCCGAAUGUAUUUACUUCCAGACAAGAGAAGAUCAGGAAGAAGAAAAACACAUGUAUCAAAGAAAACAUUAAAUCCAGUCUUUGAUCAAAGCUUUGAUUUUAGUGUUUCAUUACCAGAAGUGCAAAGGAGAACCCUGGAUGUAGCUGUCAAGAACAGUGGUGGCUUCUUGUCCAAAGACAAAGGGCUUCUGGGUAAAUUGUUAGUAUCUCUGGCCUCUGAGGAUCUUGCCAAAGGCUGGACUCAGUGGUAUGACUUGACAGAAGAUGGUACAAGACCACAGGCUAUAAACUAGAUCUUCUUUCGACGUGAAGAAUUUCUACUUGCAUAUUGUACUUAGCCAUUCUUUAUAUACUUUAAAUGCAUCAUUUUCACAGAUGUUUCAAUAUUAUUUUUAUAGCUUUAUGUAUUUAGUUAUUACACACCCCAAAGGUUUUAUAAAUUUUAACACAUUGACAUUUUUUGCAGAUUUAGCCAGUUUUAUUGUUAAAUUUCAUAUUUUAAUUUACUCUAAUAUUUUGCCUAUUAUUAUAAUGUGCAAUAGAGUGGUAGAGUGACCUGUGUUAAAUGGAAACAUUUGUCAUUUGUGUCUUUUAGAAAAUGAAUAUAUGAUAUGCUUUAUUCCUGCCUUGUUUUGUAUAUCACCAAGGCAUACUAUGCCAUGUAAAUAGGCUAUUUUUUAUAAUCUCUUCAUGCUGGUUUGAAGUCAGAUGAAAAUGGAUCAAGGGAAUAUAUAUAUAUUUUCUUCAAGUUCAUAUUUAUGACAAAUAAUCCUUUUAUUUGGCCUUUGCAGCAAAAUGGUCUCAGUCACUUAUUUUGUGGGGUUUCUUUUUAAAAAAGAAAAAAAAUGAAGACUAUUAAAAUUACUGUUUUUCUUGUCCAUCGUGGCUUUGUCAGAGUGUACAAAAUAUUAACAUUUUUACGUUAAGUUCUAUUAUUGAAAAGUCACGAUAAUGACUCCUCUAAGAAAAGUGUUUUUAGUACAAAGAAAUAUAAUAGUAUUAUAUUUGAAGAGAUGGUUGUCAUGCUCCACAAAUCAUAGAGUGCAGAUCUAGGCUUUCUUAUGUAGAAAUGAAGACAUUUGAAUUUAUUUUUAAUUGCCUGUUUAUUGUAACUUAUUCAUGUAAUCUAAAACUUAGGUAUAUAUUAUCUGUUUCCUAAAAGAUGAGUAAAGCAAUUUUCCAUAUUAAAAAUUAAGAUGUCAAAAAUAAAUACUCAUAAAUCAUGUUAAUUUUCAUUGUUUUAACAGCCUAUUAAAAAGAGAUUUGUAAACUUGGCAAUGAAAAGCUGAGAAUGUAUAUUAUGAAAUGUUGAAUUCAAACCUGAUCUUUCUCUUGACCCCACUUCAGUGAAGUGAAAAAUGUGCUUUUAAUGAUAGUUCAUCCUGAGUUUAUACCAUGUAUCAGACAUUAUCACCAUUAAACUGAGACAUUAUUACAUUCUGCUGCUAUGUAGAAGUUACUGGUAUGACCAAAGGGGAUUUAACGUAGCUGCAGGGUUGUGACUAACAGCAGCUAUUGGCUAUAACCCAAAAUUUUAUUGGUUUCAUUAGUUUGGUUAUGAACGUUGUUGUAUACAAAAUUUAGAAUCCUCUUUUAAAGACUUUGAAAGCAUAUUUCACACACAGGAGCCUGCUUAGGUGUGGAGGGAUAUGCUAUAUACUUCAUAUAUAAAAAGUAUGCACCUAGUUUAAAAACAAAAUUUUUUAGUCAAGCGACACAAAUGACUUCAUUACCUAUGAGAAUAAGUUAAGGUUAUGUAAUAAAUUCUUUUAAAAACAGCUUUAUAAUGAACUCAGCUCAAGUUUCUUCAAACUCAACAACUUAUGACAGCUCACAUGACCAAACGUACCAAAGUGCCUGUUGUGGAUAUUAGAUUCCAGAACCUUCUAAUUUAACGUCACUUUUAGUUGAUAAUACUUUGAUUCCUGAGGUCUACUUAUACUGGGAGUAAGUAUCUUCACUACUCAUUUUCAUUCUGGUAAAAAUGAUAGUGCCACAGUGAAGUGAAAUAAUUGUGUUAUCUUUAAAUGAAAUUUCACUGGAAGACCUCAUCAUUAACAGGCUCCAAUGUGGAUAUGUGUCGUGUUGGUGACCAUUCCAGAAGAAAGUGUGUUUAUAUAUUCCGUAUAUAUACAUAUAUGUGUAUAUGUGUGUGUAUAUAUAUAAUAUAUAUCUCACAGUCCUAUAGCAUGAGAAAGAUCUAUAUAUUAACCUGUUAAAAUCUAGUUGUCUAUCCAUGAUUUACUGAACACCACCUUUUUACAGUGAGUUCUAUUGCUGGGCCUCUGGCACAGCCUGAAAAUGCAACGCUUUUUACAUCACAGUCAUCUGGAUUAAAGUUCUGGAACAAAAGAAUUUUUCAUAUAGUUAUUUGCUUCUUUACCUAAAAGAAUAUAUAUAUGUGUGUAUACAUAUACAUAUGUAUACAUACACAUACAUAUAUAUAUAUCUUUUUGGGACUAAUGCUUCAUUAGAUUAUUUAGGACAGUAUAAAUGCAACUAGAGGGGGAGAAAAAUAUCAAGAGAAAGAAACAAAAGACAAAGGUAAAGUAGUUGGCAGUGUUAUAUUUAGUAGCCUAGGCCCAGAGCUCAAUUUUGUGAGGCACAGUUCCUAUUUCUGUUAGUUAAGUACCCCAGGGUUGCUAUCCCCAAGGAGUUUGACUCCCGAAUGGUUUGAAAGUUGACCCUUUAUCUGUAGAGUAUGAGAAUUCCAGUACCUGUCCUUAGUUUUUUAAAAGAAAAGACGACAGCUUAAGGUGGAUGUUAUAGCAUCAUAAAAACAAUGGUAAGAUUAGGAACAAAAGCGGGGUGGAUCUAGUAUGAAAUACUUGAAAGAUUAGAUUAUGGGAUGAUCAUGAAGCCUAGAUUGUUAGAACUAUAUUCUUAAUAGUGGAAAAAUUCAGUUUGUAUUGAUUUUUAAUUUUUGAUACAUGUGUUAAGUAGAGGACUUAACACUUUUCAUUUUGAGCCAAACAGGAAAAAAAAAUCUACUUAAAUGAGUUUCAAACAGCAAUUCUGGUUGGUUUGUACAUGUAGAUUGUAUAUCCUGUGCCUUAAAGUAUAAAGUGCAAAAGUAUUGUUGUUUUCAGUGUUUAAAAAAAAUUAAAGGAAAAAAAUUCUUUUUUGCUGUACAUAUCAACAUUUAUAUUUUAUGCUAUGAAAAUUUGUACAAAAUUCUCUUGCUUUGGUGAGAAGGGCUUUAAAAAAUAAAUUUUAAAAAAAAUCAGUGAAAAUGUACACCAAACGUGAUUCAGUAUGGGUAGCACUUGUAAUUUGGACUAAAUAAAGUUGUUCUUUUUGUCACAAUUCCUUCUAUUUCAGAGUUGCAGGAAUCUGUAAAAUUGGAAAUCAGUGAAGAGGGAAUUUUUUUAAUUAUAGGUUAUCCUUUUUUGCUUAAGUAAUUUACAUGCUUAAGUAAAAUACAUGCAUGUAUUUAUUCAAUAAAUGAUUCAUAUGGUGGAUGG